AUGUGGAAGUUGCGCCCUUUAGUAAAUAAAAUAAAGGCUAAUUUUAUGAAACAUUUUGUCCCUGAACAAAAUCUGUCAUUCGACGAAACUAUGGUCAAAUAUUAUGGCCAGCAUUCCUGUAAGCAAUUUAUCAGAGGAAACCCCAUCCGGUUGGGCUACAAGAUGAGCCUGUGUAUUCCAGAUGGUUAUUUGAAACAUUUUGAAGUUUAUCAAGGCAAGGCUCCAAAUGCCAAUCCACUUUAUGAACAGCAUUUUGAAAAAUGUGCUGCUCCUCUUCUAACAUUUAUCGAUGAGUUUACCGAUGAAAAAAAGAAAAUGCCUUAUCAUUUUUUCUUUGACAAUCUUUUUACAAGCUUGAAUCUUCUGAACUACUUUAGAAGGCAAGGAUAUGGAGCUACAGGCACAGUACGGGAAAACCACCUGCAGAAGUGUCAAAAAUUGACUUCGAACAAAAUGUUGAAGAAAAAGUCAAUAGGUUAUUACGAAUCUGCGAUUAGCAAAGAAAAGUAA